UUCAAACACAAUUCUCUCUUAAAUGUCUACUAUGGAUUACUGCGCGAUUUCGGCGGCGGCGCCGCCAAAGGGGCGAACCUCCAACUUGUUAGACCCAAAAGACCUCUCAAUUGAGACGCUGGCAGUCGGUUCUGUUUUCGCAGGCCUCUCGAUUUUUUUCCUUUCUGGGAGACUCUUCGUGAACCGGAAGAGGUUGGCGAUGGCGGACUACUUGGCGAUCAUAGGAUUCAUCUUCUCAACUGGAUACUCAGGUGUUAUCAUGAACAUGCACUCCUAUAGUCGGCAUAUCUGGGAUGUACCCGUAUGUUGGUUUAUGCAAGAGAGGCUGUCUAAGUUGUUGUUUGUCUCGAACAUUAUGCUCGGAAUCACCCAGUUCACGACGAAGCUUCCAAUCAUGGUCCUCUACCUCCAAAUGUUUUCCGUUGAGCGCAAAAUGAAGCUAUUCAUCAAAUUGGCAAUAGCCUUCAGUGCCCUUGUCUAUAUCCCCCACCUGAUCUUGGUCAUUGUCUUUCAAGCCCCUCGUGCUGGUGAGAGUUGGUCUGACCCUGGGACAAACGGAAGAACUCGGAAAAUGACAUACUAUGCACCUAUUCAUGGUGUUUGUGAGGUUAUUCUUAACAUCUGGAUGCUCAUUAUCCCUUUGUUGGUGAUCCGCAAUCUUCAGAUCACUCGGCGCAAGAAAAUCCAACUCAGCACUGUGUUUCUAACCGGAAUCAUGUAA